UUCUGAGGCUGGCAGAGCAAGACUCAGAUAUGGUGUAGUAUAACAGGAAAGAAACAAGAAACCUAUACAGCAUGGAGGGAGGCCUGUGUUGAAGUUAGAGGAGUAUCCGACGAAGCAGUCACUGUGGAUUGUGGGAAGUGGAGGCGGAGUGCGACAUGCAGAAUGAGGCCCCGGGCCCGGCAGCCGCCAGUGCCAGCAGCAUCAGUACGACUCCCAGUGUCACCACUAGCAUAGUCACUACUAGCAGCACUGGGAGGCCAACCCCGCCCCACAUCUCUGUCUACGCUGGGAUCCCAGGUAGACAGACUGCUCAGGUGAUCCAACAGGCGCUCCACAGACAACCCAGCACGGCAGCCCAGUACCUGCAGCAGAUGUAUGCAGCCCAGCAGCAGCACCUCAUGCUUCAGACAGCAGCCCUCCAACAGCAGCAGCAACUGAGCAACACUCAGCUCCAGAGGCUAGCCAGUGUGCAACAGGUCCAUGCUACCAUAGUGGCAGGAGGACAGAGCUCCAACCAGAUUUGGACCUCCUCUCACCAGACAUGUUCCACACAGACCACUGUAAACCCGGCCACGCCUCCAGCAGCGGCCCAGAUAAUCAGCAGAGUCCAGAGUGUUAGCUCCACUCCCACCUGUAUCCCCCAGCAGGCUGUGCUCCUAGGCAACGCCUCCAGCCUCGUCCUCACCGCUAGCCAAGCUCAGAUGUAUCUGCGGGCUCAGAUGCUCAUCUUCACCCCAACUGCAGCUGUUGCCACUGUCCAAUCAGCAGCCUCAUCACAGUCUGCCACCAACCAACAAUCUGCUAGUGCACAGGUGCAGAACCUUGCCACCUGUAGUCAGCAGGGGGCCCCCUCCUCCUCUCAGCUCCAGGGCCUUCAUCUCAAACAGAUGCCUGGAGGGGCCCAAGUCUCCCUGGCUGGUCAGCUCAGGGGUCCAACCCAGGGGCCGCAGGGAGCACAACUGGGGUCCCUGGCGGCCCCAUCAGGGGGGGGGCAGAAAGGUGAGGGCAACUUGGUGACCAUGAGCCGCAGUGUGAUGGCCGUCAGCAGUCACCCCCUCAUCAGCCCACACUCAAAGCGCCCUGUUCAAGCGUACGCACAAAUCCAGACGCACCAGUUUCUGCAGCAGCAAAAACAGCAGCAGUUUGUGUUCCAGCAGCAGCGACACCAAACCCAGCAGCUUUCUCUGAGGGGCCAGGCCCCAGUGCUACACACAGCCUCCAUCCACAGUCACUCUCAGGCCCAGAUGCUACAGGCCCUGGCUAUCCAGCCCCCGCCCAAGGAGGGCCCCGUCCCUGUACUGCCCAAAUCAUUUGUCUCGGCCAAUGUUCCUAGCCAGCAGGCCACCAUCUUUCACUCUACCGUCAGUCCCCAGAUUCUUACCCACAACGGGCCAUCCCCUGUGGUCACCCAGACCCAGGCUGCUCCGCUGCCCAACACCAAGCUAGUGCAGAUGGCUGCAGUAGACCUCCAGAUCCAGCCAACUGCUCUUACCUCAGCCUCUCUGCUGGUUCAGGAUAGUGCUGGCAAGGAGCUGCCCACGUCUGAGGUAGUCACGGAGAACAGCUCCACUCCCCUCAUACAGCAGCCAACAGCCUCUCCUAUUCUUGAGGUCAUCACUAUUGAGCAAUGCCCAUCGGAUCCCAGCAACCCCACCACACCCACUGGAGCAGGUAAGGGAGACGCUGAGUGGCUGAAUGCGCAACCAGGUGCAGGCUCACUUCCAGUCAUGACCUCAGGGAAUGGGAACAAUGCGCCCAUGGUGACAGGCAGUACCCCACAGAAUGGCGAGAGCAAACUGCCUCAAGCCAUAGUGAAACCCCAGAUCCUCACUCACUUUAUUGAGGGAUUUGUGAUCCAGGAGGGAGCAGAGCCUUUCCCUGUGGAACGCCCGUUGUCGUUGCUGAUCGAGAACCUGAAGAAACACAAACAGCAGACGGACUCCGAGAAGACGACGACCUCCUCCAACAGCACCACUGACUCUGAGAUGGAGGACCUAUCGCAGCAAGAGCUGAAGCAGCAAGAGGAGCCCACCCUGACGUGUGAGCUGUGUGGCAGAGUGGACUUUGCCUACAACUUCAAGAGAUCCAAGAGGUUUUGCUCCACAGUGUGUGCCAAACGGUACAAUGUGGGGUGUACAAAGCGAAUGGGCCUCUUUCCAAAUCGACAAACCACGAUGGAGAAACUGAAGAAGCAGAGAACAUCCAAUGGGAGCCACCAGAACUCAGGCUCCGAGACCAAAAAACAGACUCCCAUUACCGGGCAACAACCUGGGGGUGGAUCGGUGACGUCCAGCCACCCCUCUCACCCUGGUCACAGGGAGUUCAGCCAGUGUUUAGACAUGUCCAGCUACGAGGGUCCCCCUUCACCCCCACUGUCUGCUGCCAGCUCUAGUGCUCCCAGGUCCCAGGCGGGCAGAGGGGCAGAGCACAUGGAAGGCUGUGGACAAGAGCUGCCCCUCCUCUCCCAGCACUUCCAGCCCAGAGACCCGGCCAAGUGGAACGUGGAGGAGGUCUACGAGUUCAUCUGCUCCCUGCCAGGUUGCCUGGCGAUAGCCGAGGAGUUCCGCUCGCAGGAGAUCGACGGCCAGUCCUUGCUGCUGCUGAAAGAGGACCACCUCAUGGGCACCAUGAACAUCAAACUGGGGCCUGCGCUCAAGCUCUUUGCCGAGAUCAGUAUGCUGAGAGACUCGUAACCCCUCCUCUCUGGAGCCACUCCACACUGCCAGAAAGUGUCCAGAACACCGUAUUUAUACGGCACUCUGACCAGGCUCAAGCCUACCGCUGUGGCAGGUUGGUCCCACGGGGGGUGGAGGAUGGACGAAGGGUGUCUCUGUUUCAUAGAAGCUGAUGGUCCAUAGCAUAUUGACAACGCUAUCUGAGUUUAGAGCUUUGCCUCUUUGGACUCUCCUAUGCAAUGCAGGAACCGUUAGCUACUAAAUGAGUUGUACUGUGGAUGUUGUACUGUGCACAAGGAACUUAUCCAGCUAGACUCAAAUGGACAAGGUGGUACUUAAGUUCAUAAAUGCCGUUACUAGUAGUUAGAGAUUCUCUGGUACAUCUGUAUACUUUUUUUAGCCAGUAAUUCUGAAAGUAGUACUCACGAGCCAGAAGUGGUCCCUGAAAAUUGCGUACUACGUAACAUUUGUGCCGAUAUGUGCAUCACGUCAUUGCUCUCUCGCUCUGCUGUGUGAGUCUUGCUAGCUGUCACUCAAAUAGUGAGGGGCUGAAGCACAUUGGUUGGAACUCGAAUUGUUAGGGGGCUGGACCACAUGGGGGAAAAUGGCACCGCACAGCUUCCAGUAAACAGCCUCUUUCAAACUAGGAUUUUGUGGUUAAUUGAGGUAAAGUAAUUCUGCUCAUAGAUUAUGCAUGUAUGAACUACACAUGUCACAUGCACCAAAUACAACAGGUAUAGACUUUAUAGUGAAAUGCUUACUUACGAGCCCAUUCCCAACAAUGCAGAGUUAAAAUAUGAGGCAUAUAUUUGCUAAAUUAAAAGGAAAUUCACAUCCAGCAUGAAGUGGGAGGUUUAAAAAUAUAUGAACUCAGCAUAAAAAAAAUGUCUUCUCACUGUCAACUGCUUUUAUUUUCAACAAGCUUAACAUGUACAUAUUUGUAUGAACAUAAGAUUCAACAACUGAUACAAACUGAACAAGUUCCACAGACAUGUGACUAACAAAAAUUUAAUGUGUCCCUGAACAAAGGGGGGGUCAAACGUAACAGUCAGUAUCUGGU